CAUAGCUAGCCCUUCUGUGUUGGGAAAAAUUUUGAAUCAAAAUGGCCUCCACCUCAUCUCCUCAACUGAAGAAAUAUCAUGUGUUCUUGAGUUUUAGGGGUGAAGACACCCGCGAGCUUACACAAUAUAUCUUUGCUGAAUUGAAGAAGCGAACAAUCAAUGCUUUCAUGGAUGACUUUGUUCUCGAAAGAGGGACUAAUCUCAGUGAAGGGUUCAAGCUGGCUAUUGAACAGUCCAGGCUUUCGAUUGUCAUUAUUUCAAAAAACUAUGCUUCUUCACGUUGGUGCUUGGAUGAACUUGCACAUAUUUUUCGAUGCAAAAAAGAGAGUGAUAAUAUCAUGCCAAUCUUCUAUGGCGUGGAACCUGGAGAUGUACGUCAUCAAAGGGGAAGUUUUGCAGAGCAUUUCAUCCAGCACGAAAAGAAGUUGGGAAAAGGUUCAAAGGAGGUGCUAGAGUGGAGAGAUGCAAUGAAAAAGUUGGGUAAUCUUGCCGGCUGGAAGCUAUCGACAGAUAGGUCUAAAACUGAGCUUAUCGAAGAGAUUGUUGAUGCAGUGUGGAGGAAAAUUCAUAGUGCAUUUGGAAGGGCGACACGUGCUGCACAGAAAUCAGAUAAAAUAGUUAAGAAAAUAAACAAUAUAGAUUCACUUUUAAAGCUAGAUUCAAAUGAUACUCGGUUCAUAGGAAUAUGGGGAAGGGAUGAGAUAGGCAUUAAAGCCACUGCUGAUUUAGUCCAUAAUAGAAUAAGAGAUAAUUUUGAAUUAAGCAUUUUUGUUAGAGAUAUCAGACGGAAAACCCAUGAUAUAAGUUUAGUUUAUGUUCAAACCCAGCUUUUAAAAGAACUAAAUGGAAGGUCCGAGAAGGUUCCAAGUGUAGAUGUGGGAAAUUCUGAGAUAGAGAAAUCUGUACGUAAUAAAAAGGUUCUUUUGAUUCUUGAUGAUGUAGACUCAACAUACAAUACAACUAUCUUGUGCGGAAAGAAGGACUGGUAUGGCUGUGGUAGCAGAAUCAUCUUCACAUCUAUGGAUCGAGAUUCGCAAGUAAAACAUGAUGGUUUGCUGGAGGGAUUGAGCGCAGUUGAAGCUCGUGAACUGAACUACAAAUAGAAAUCUUUCCACAGAACUAUGUAUGCAUGGUUCCUUUGGAAUGUAAUAAACUGAAAAAAUAUAUAUAUGUUCCGGGAGAAUUACUAUUUUACAUUUGUGUGUGUCUUAGUCUUAUUAAGUUUCAUGUUAGAGAA